AAUAUGAGUUGUUAGGGAACAGUGGGUGCUCUAAACCAAAACACAGUCCGUGAACUUUACAUAGGGACUGCUCGGAAACCUUUAAUUUAUCGCUUUACCAAGGUCCUGAAAUGCAACAUUUGCUCAACCAGUUGCCUAGCAACUAUACAGUAGCGUGUUGUCAAACAAAUCACAAGAUCAUUUUUAGCGUUAGCUGACGUUAGCUCAGUCAAGUUAACUAACGUUAGGUAACGCUAGUUAGCGUUAGGUGGACUUAAUUCCCGUAUAUUUAAAAUCAUUCGCCAGUUUGAACUCCUUUAAAAUGUCUAAAGUUGUGUACCCACCAGAAAGCGUCUACAAUCUAAUUCCAAAGGAAGAGGUUCAUACUAAAAAACCGCAAAGGUAUAUUUCCAAGUAUCGGCCGGCAGUUGUUUUUGAGAAAAAGUCGGCCAAGGAUGCAAUGAGGACGAUGGGACCAGCAAAAGUAGAGGUGCCUUCCCCAGAGAAAUACCUCAAGAAGCAUUCAAAAGAGCCCAAAUUUCCUGAAAAGACACAGUUUUCGAAUGAGGGUCAUAACACCUGCACUGUGAAGAAACCAGCCGUUCCUGCGAGAACAGACAACCCACUAAUGGGCAUUCAAACCAAGAGAGACUUUAUAAAGACAGCUACAGUGGUGCCAAUGAAACCUCAGCCUACCUGGGUGGACACCAGCAAGGGACACAAGCAGCUUCUUGAGAAUUCAGGACUUGUCCCCAAAUACAUCAAGAAAAAGCACUACGGAGAAGUACCCGUGUACCUGCAGCAGCGCAAUGAAGAAGAGCAGAGAGCUCAGGAGGAGUAUAACAACUACGUGAAAGAACAGCGGGAGCACGGAGCCAUGAACCACCUGUCUGAUGAGGAUCGAUUAGCCGUCCUGGAGGGGCUGAAGAAGAACUGGGACGAGCUGCACCACGAGUACCAGGGCCUCUCACUCGUCACGGACAACCUGUCCAAGAAGUCCCAGAAGCAGCGCCUCGAAGCGGCGAUGAAGCAGCUUGAGAACGACAUCAACCUCUUUGAGAGGUUUAAGACCAUUUACAUACCCAAUAACUAAGACACAAAGAAACUGGAUUAAAUCAGAUGUACUGCAUGUCUUGAGACCCCCACCCUUACUUCAAAUACCAAAAGAACGUUAGUAGAAUGGAAUGAUGUUUUUGUAUAUUCUCAUUAUCUGUCACAUGAACAAUGAAACAGUGCUAAAACUCCAAAGCCCAGGUAACAGCAAAUUAAAGAAUCAUUCCAAAUUACUGUCUGGGGAACAUGUAAAUUAGCUAGUCUUUGAUUGAACAAAUGCAAUUCUUAGGUCUACUGGUAAUCUUUUUAAAGUAGUGUACUCUUUCAUUAAUAUUACAUUAGUUUAAAGUAAUAUUUGUAGAGAUAUUACAUUUUGAGCUUGAGAAAACCAACAAUUAUUUCUGUGUU